UUCGCGUGGGGUUUUUAAAACCCUAGAUUGGUUAUAGCUAAAAACCUAGAUUUCCAGAUUAGCAAUUUUAUCGUCAUCUGUCGCUUCGCCGGGUUAAAAUUACGAUUAUACAAUCGAAUGUUCAUAUAUUCGUGUUGUUGCCACAAUAUUGUUCCUGUUUAGUGUACGAACUUAUUUAUUUCAAUGACACAUUUUCCUCACAAUUCAUAACCUUGCAUUGCACCACUACUGUCUAAUUUUGGAUGAUUGAAAUUGAUUCAUAUGGCGAAUAUAUGCGAAAGUGUGGUAAGCGGAACUGGUAGCCGAUGGACGUUGGGAUCUCUAAUUUUAGUGCAGCUCUUAGCGUAUAAUGAAACGGGUGGAUCUGCUACUAUGCUAUGUUUUGCUCUCGCUGCUUUGUACGCAUUGCUAGCAGGGUCCUGCAAAUCGGGCAUCAAAUCAUUGCAGAUUUCCUACCUUCGCACAACGCAUCGUCUAGACUUUUUCUGCUUAUUUCUCGCCAAAUGGAUGGACAUAUUAGCGCUGUUUUCGGCUUGUGCCAUUCUGGUGCGGACGCUCAGUUCUUCACUUGAUGCUAUGACUGGCGGUUUGGCCAGAAUGUACAUCUUGGGACGCAACUCUGCCGCCAAUGAACCAUGGCCGGACGUUAUCGGAGUGGUAGUUAUCUUCAUAGUGACUGGAAUGUUUAUGCUCGGAUUAGAAAACACCCGCAUAUUCGGAUUUCUAAUGGUGGGCGGCGUGAUAUCGGUUAUUUUGUUGGUCGGCAUCAUCACGGUAUUUACUGGAACUGUAAGCCUGUUCCAUACUGAGCCGAUUUUGCCGAAGGGUAUAGCAGGGCUUCUUUCUGGAACGGCUUUAUCGACAUUCACAUAUUCUAACGAUUUAUUGACCGGUAAUUACAUAAAACGGCUCUUGGGAAUGCUUGUGGUGUUCAUAAUUUUAUUAUCAAUCGAACUCAUUGGCGCGUGCUGUACUAUGUUGCUAAAGUUCAGUACCAACCACGCAUACGAAGCUGUGCCACUGCUCUUUAUCCUGGAGUUGAAGGACUUCCAAAAGCUUAUUCCUGCUGUGGCGUGCUUGCUGGUAUUAACCUGUUCUGGCGCCUUGUUGGAGCUGUUUCCCGAGAUGUUCGCGCACAUUGUACAACUCACCACUUCAGACUGGAAGAUUCUGUCGAAGCAGAUUGGCUACGAGAGUAGGGAAAGUGGUAGCCCUACGCUUACCAUCUUUACCGGUGGCAGCUUAUGUGCAAUGCUAGCUUUCGCUUGUCCAUUAGAGAACCUUACUUAUAUUCUGGCAGCCAGCCAUAUAUGUGCAACGUUACUGCGUUCAUUUCUUUUUCUUUACUCUCCGUUUCGACCACAUUAUCUAGAGCAACAACAAAGUGAAUCUUCAUGUCUUGCCUACAGUCGCCUCAGCACUGGUCCACCGUAUGCUAACGAAAGCAGUGGAAGAACUGGCAAAAAACAUAUUUGGUGCUUUCGAAAACCGACAAACUUGUGCGCAGCUACUACCAAUGUUUUUGCGAAUCACCUGCUUCCUGGAAUGAGAGGAGCUCCGAUUUCUCAAACCGGAAAUAGGGAGGAAAACGAACGCGAAUGGUUACUGCUGGGGGAGCCUUCAUCGCCAAAAGCUCCCAACAGCAGUAGUAUGCCCAGCAUUGUAGAAUCUUCCGUGUUAUCUGAUCAAGUAUCCGAUAUCGAAUGCAUCGCUUUGGCGAAACCGGAGAACAUGGACAGCGAGGAUAGUUCUGCGACUGACAUUGAUGCCAUCGUAGACGAAUAUCGGCAAAAAAUUAAGAUCUCCACGGUUGGUCUAAUGGAUAGAGAGUCACUACGUCUGCCAACAGCUAACAGCUGGUAUCUGGCAAUCAUCUUUAUCGUUCUUAUAGUAUUGGGAAGCGUUAUAACGGCUGCCGGUUUGAUGCUGUUGGAAAACAUCGUCAUCAUAGUUGGAGUAACUGUUGUUCUAACUCCAGCGGUGAUCCUAUGGCUAUUUCCACGACAUGAUCAAACCAAUACCGCACGUCCAAGCGUUUGUAUAGUUACUUUACUUUCCUCGUUCAUACUGUUUGCGGCAGUUUUUGCUUUAUCGUGGCCAGCAUUGUUGCUGUGGUUUCUUGCCGGGCUCUUUUUAUUUAUUCGCUGUGAUACAUGGUGUUGUCUUUGCCUAGAACGGCCUAACAGCAGCGGUAUAUCUUCGUUAGCGGCAACCGCGCUUGUUACUUCCCGCUCAUCUCAAGGAUCCCUUUUGCACACGCGUGUGGCUUGCAAAAGUUGACAAUUGGAUUCUACGGAUAGCGAGAUUUUCGAAGAUGAGGACACUAUAGAAGAAUUCACGGACUGAAUAUGCAACAAUGAGUAGUACUGUUUCGAAGUGAGAGAUUUUUUUCACUCCCCUUUGAUUGCAUAUUGGGUGAGAGACCGAUCACGAAUAUUAUUGAUAAAAAGACGCGUGAGAAAUAAGCAGAGGGCUAAAACCAACUAUUUCCAUCCAUUUUAACAUUGCUCGAAAACGAAUUCAUUAAAUGUGAUUAAGCAAACCAAAGUGCAUACGAUAAUAUAACAAUACUGCAUAAGGUAAUGUGGGAGGUAGAUCAAAAAAAUUAGAGCCUAUAAUACGCGGCCUUGAAUAUUUACCAAGCAUAGCAACUAUUUUCAGCUUCUCAACUACUUCUAAAGUAUUUAUAUCAAAGACAAAGAAUACAUAUGACCUAUUAAGACAAAAAUUGGACGAACUAGAAACUGAAGAAAUAUUUGUGAUCUACAAGGCAAAGCAAUUCUAAUUCUGUAAUACUGCAGCAAUACUUUUUAUCAGUGUUUGUGUAAUUCAUAAUGGAGUUCUCAUCAUAAAACAUGUAAUGAUGCUGUUGUGUUAGUCUUUAAAUUGUCCUGUGUUAUCUUGUAUAAUAAAAAUUGG